UAAUUUGCUAUGCAUGCAUGUGGUAGACUCUCACUUUAGAUUUCUAUUUAAAAAAAAAACAAGCCCAAAAGACAAAUAGGGAUUCCACCAAUUCAUUAAUGAGUCACCUUUUAUCAACAUUCUUAAAUAGGAACUUUCCUUCUCUCUCUCUAUUAUAUCAACUAUAUAUACAUCAUACUUCAUGCUUUCAUAUCAACCUUAAGGCUAAGAAUUUUAUUGAAUUCAUCUCUCACUACUAUUUCUCAGAAUCUGAUAUAUCAAAAGCUUUUCAUGGCCGUACGUUUAGUGACGAUCUGGCUUUUCAUAGUCUUAGCCGUCAUCAUCGUGGCCUCGCCGUCGCCUGUUGUUUCAAGAAAGCUGUUGGAGAUGAAGAAACAAGAGAACUUGACGGUGAGAGAGGAAGAAAAGAGUCACAUGCCUCACGUGACCAAAACCACUACCCUAACUGCUCUGCCAAAGGGCAAAAUCCCAAACUCGACGCCGAGCAAAAAGGGUCAUGCCGCCGUCUCCACCGUGAAACUCCGAUCUCGACAUCUCUCCACCGUUAGCCGGUUUCUUCAAUCCGUUCCCAGUCCCGGUGUUGGUCAUUGAUAGUCUCCGUUAGAUUCCUACUUCAUUUUUCAAAAAGUUCAGUACAUUCUUUUCUCCUAACUAUCAUAAUACGAAAUUUCCAUGAGACUACACAAAUUGUUUUGUUUUAUUUUCGUUUAAAAGUACAUUUAUUCAGGUAUCCAAAUUUUCCUUGUGUAAAUUAGUAAAAGUUUAUUGUUUUCAA